CACAAAGAAAGUACUUUUGUAGCUGUUCAAUCGAUACUUUUUGCUCCAUAAACUCUCCCCGUGAACAUGCGUGCCUUCAAAAAGUCUUCUCACCUCUCCCGCCAGCUCUUCGCUACCAAUGGCGUCCGCUACAACUCCACUAUUGCGCCAGCUUCCAAGCCGCUUACCUCUGUGCUUAUAGCAAACCGCGGAGAAAUCGCCUUGCGAGUUGGAAGAACAGCCUCAGAAUAUGGCAUCCGAACUACGACGCUCUUCACAGACCCAGAUGCUCGAUCACAACACGCACUGAGCUCGCCGUACGCCGUAAACCUCGGAGACCCUUCGGCAUAUCUCGAUGGAGAUAGAAUAAUACAAAUCGCGAAGGAGCAAGGCUGUCAGGGCAUUCAUCCGGGCUACGGCUUUUUGAGCGAGAACCCUACGUUUGCCAGAAAAUGCACAGACGCAGGUCUGACAUUCAUUGGCCCACCAUGGCAAGCAAUCGAAUCCAUGGGAAGCAAGAGUGAGUCGAAGGAUAUCAUGACCAAGGCCGGCGUCCCCUGCAUCCCAGGCUACCACGGUUCCAAUCAAGAUCCAGAAUACCUCAAAGAGCAGGCAGCGAGCAUCGGCUACCCUGUGCUCCUCAAGGCCGUCAAAGGCGGUGGCGGCAAGGGUAUGCGCAUCGUCAAUACCGAGGCUGAGUUCUUCGAUCAGCUCGCGUCGGCAAAAUCAGAAGCACGGAAUUCUUUCGGCGACGAAGUCAUGCUAGUGGAGAAGUACAUUACCACACCUCGCCACAUCGAAGUCCAGGUCUUCGCCGAUAAACAUGGCAACUGCGUUGCGCUGGGUGAGAGAGACUGCAGUAUCCAGCGUCGGCAUCAGAAGAUCCUGGAAGAGUCACCCGCACCACACUUAGAUGAAGCCAUUAGGCAAGAUAUCUGGGAGAAGGCGAGGCAGGCUGCGCUUGCAGUCGGUUAUGAAGGAGCAGGCACAGUCGAAUUCAUCUUCGACAAUGAGACUGGCGAGUUCUUCUUUAUGGAGAUGAACACAAGACUGCAAGUCGAGCACCCGGUUACAGAGAUGGUAACAGGCGAAGACCUCGUGAGAUGGCAGCUCAUUGUUGCUGAAGGCGGAAAACUACCCCUUACCCAACAAGAGAUUGAACAGAGGAUCAAGGAGAGGGGCCACGCCAUCGAAGCUCGCAUCUACGCUGAGAACCCAGACAUGAACUUCAUUCCCGAUUCCGGACUUUUGCUACAUCUGAAGACUCCCGUACCCACUUCCACUGUUCGUAUUGACUCUGGCUUCAUCGCUGGCGACGAAGUAUCCUCGCACUACGACCCCAUGAUUUCCAAACUUAUCGUUCAAGGCCCCACACGUGAGGCUGCUAUUCAAAAGAUGCGAGCUGCCUUAGAAGAGUACGAGGUCGCAGGUCCUAUAACGAACAUCGAAUUCAUCAAGCGCAUGUGCGUAUCACCAGACUUUGUCGCUGGCGAAGUAGAAACAGGAUAUAUUCAGAAGCAUCACGCUGAGCUUUUUACGCCUGAGCCCCUAGCAGCAGAAGUUUACGCGCAGGCCGCCUUAGGUCUUGCGCUGCAAGAGAUUUCCUCAGCUAGAGGAGACGUAUGGACUGGACCGCCAGUAACAGCUGUAGGAUUUGGUUUCAGCAGCUCAUACCAACAGCGGGAAUUCAACCUCAUUGAAAUCCCCGCCGACGGCAAAGGAGAAGCCAAAGCAACAAAGGUCAGCAUCCGGCAAACCAGCCCCCAAAAAUUCGACAUCAGCGUUGGCGAAAAAACAUAUGCAAACGUCACAUCAACCUUCUCCCCCUCCAAUAACACAUUGACAUCUUUCUACCCACACACCCGCCUAGCCACAACCUUCAUCCGCGACGAAGACCGCCUCACUCUUUUCCACCUCGGUCGCCAACACCGUCUCAAGCUCGCAAUGCCCGAGUGGACGAAGAAGGCGCUUGGCGUCAAGGACGUAGCAAAUAGCGUUCUUGCACCCAUGCCUUGUAAAGUCCUCAGAGUGGAAGUCGAGGAGGGCCAGGAGGUCAAGAAGGACCAGGCGCUUGUUGUCAUCGAGAGCAUGAAGAUGGAGACUGUAAUAAGGAGCCCGAGUCACGGCAUCGUUAAGCGGAUUGUGCAUGGCAAGGGGGAUCUGUGUAAAGCAGGGACUGCGUUGGUGGAGUUUGAGGAACCAGAUGCAGAGGCGGAGUCGAAGUAAGAAUUCUGUCUACACAUUUCACACGUGUGUGCAAUCACAGAAAGAAAAAAAUUUACGAGUUAUGAUAUGUAUACUGUUGACCGGAAAUUUAUUUAUAGAUUCUGUUUCUGUCUUUAGUGACGUGAA